AUGUACGUGGGAUAUCUACUGGAUAAGGACAGCAACAUGUACCCUAACCCGGUGCGUCACACAGGGCUCAACCUCAACCACCAGAACUUUGUGUCAGGUCCGCAGCAGUACUCGGACUUCCCCGGAUACCACGUUCCCGGGAUUAACAAUGACCCCCAUCACGGGCAGACUGGGGCCUGGAACCCGGUUUACGCGCCGCCGAGGGACGAUUGGUCACACUACGGGGCAGCGACAGGGCCGUCCACGUCAAACCCCGGGCCCAUUGGCUUCAGCCCACCAGAGUUCUCCCCGGUCCAGCCGCCGGGUCUCCUCCCGUCCUCCAUCAACACCGUGGGUCAACUUUCCCCCAACUCCCAGCGCCGGAAUCCAUACGACUGGAUGAGACGGAGCGCUCCGCCGACCACUACCGGCGGGAAGACGCGGACCAAGGACAAGUACCGUGUGGUGUACACAGACCACCAGAGGCUGGAGCUGGAGAAGGAGUUCCACUACAGCAGAUACAUCACCAUCAGGAGGAAGGCUGAGCUGGCCACAGCUCUCAGCCUUUCGGAACGACAGGUGAAGAUCUGGUUCCAGAACAGACGGGCCAAGGAGCGGAAGGUAACCAAGAAGAAGAUGCAACAGCCCCAAGCUGCCUCCACCACCACCCCCACCCCGCCCGGCAAUGGCCUCCCACCCAACGCCGCCAUGGUGACCAGCAGCAGCAGCGGCCUGGUGUCUCCCUCAAUCCCCAUGACCAUCAAGGAGGAGUAUUGAGGGCCUGGGCCUGGACCCGGACAUAGUCCUAGUCUGGACCUAGAUCUAUACCUGAACCUAAAUCUAUACCUGGACCUAGACCUAGAUCUAGUCUGGACCGAGAUCUAUACCUGGAUCUAGAACUAGGCCUGGGCCUGGGCCUGGACCAAGAAAUCCUUUCAUUGACCCUGUGAUCAGCAUUUCUACUUACCUUCAAUCCCCAAACCUGGGCCCAGUGAAUGGUUCCGCUACCAGAAUUAGAACCACAAGAAAAACCAAUGGACACAGCGGUACACAAAGAAACUCAACCCAGCUUCACCCCUGGAGGACAGAACACCAGAGAGGGAAGAGGACAGAUUCCUGUACCUGUUUGGUAGAAAACAAUGAAACAUUUUUGGACAGAGAACACAGAGAGGGAAGGUAUGUGGAGCUGGUUCUGGUGCCAUCCAUCCCGCCCAAGGACCAAGGCAGCACAGGAUCUCAAAAUGACUGCUAUGAACCGGUGACUGUUGGACUGUGCUGGUUUGUUGUUUCUGCUGUGAGGUCACUUCCUGCUCUGCUCCCAACUUGAAGUCCCGCACACAGGAAAUACUUGUAAAUGGUUCUGAUUUUGCGCAUGAAUAUGAAUAAUGU